AUGGUCUUCCACGUUUCGCUUCUUGUUGUUAUUAUUACUGCAAAAAAUAGUCCCGUGUACUCAUCCGGUCUUGUCAAAUAUAAAAUUUCUCAAGAAUUGUCCCAAACAAUUAAAUACAAAUAUUUCUUUCCUACAAACCAAUCACCACAAAUGUUUACAAAUGGUGAUAUUGUAUUUAUCGCAGGUAAAUAUAUUGUCAAAAAUUCCGAACUAUGCUUCACAAUUGCAUAUUCAAGUAUUGUUGAUAGUAAUAAUCCAAUCCGUGAGUUUGAUUCAACUACUCUUCCUGUAUGCUUACCCCAUUGCAUAUACUCGGUGGUAGUCAAUCGAGAUCCGAAAGAAGUUACUGACUUUAUUCAUUUUGGUGCUGAGACCAUCGAAUAUAAUUCUAUUACCAGUAAGCCUGAUGUCAAAAUGGAUUUGACUGUAAUCUAUCCUUCUGAAUCUUCCCGGUUUAAAUAUUUAGGCCCUUCGGGUUCAAAAAUUAAGCUACGCUCUACAUAUAUUGUAUCAGGUCUCUUUAAAUUUUCUAAAUCUGGAAAAAUGAUGAUUGAAGCUACUGACAUUGAUUAUCUAAGAACUUCAUCUAAUAAUAUUACUACUUCCGAAAGCUCUUCUUUAACAGCAUCCGAUAAGCCAUCAAUUAUUGAUAUUAUUGAUGAUGAUAUCGAUUCUCCUGUCAUCCAACCAAAGCAACAUGUUGAAUCUUCUUCAAGUUCUCAAUGUACCAAUCAGCCAUUUAAUACUGAUAUUCACGAUCAAAGAACUGCAGAAUUGGAGGAUAAUAAAAAUUCACAAGAUGAUAUUGAAGACCAUAAUUAUGGUGAAGUUUAG